CCCUUGAUUGACUGCGGCGAAGAGGGCAGCCCCAACAAUAUCCGUUGGACACGAAAUAYUUUAUCGCCGAAGCCAUUGUGGGUGGAUUGUUCAGAGUAUAAAAAAAAUGGCCGGAAAGAAGCGCCGCAAGGCCUCUUCUGCGAUUGGAAAGGCAACCGCGAAGAGGUGAGUGGAGUGGCGUGAUGUGCAUUGAAGUCUGGAUUGCGGCUCAUCUGCCGAUAUAGCUGCCGAUAUAACUAUCGCAAUUGAAAGCGCAAUGUAUUUCUGGGUUCGAAAUUCAUUCCGGUAUUGAAUUCUUCAUUACUCCUGAUUCUUUCACUAAUUAAUCUUUUUUCUCCGUGUCCAUUCUAACGUCACCUGUCACCGCUUAUUGCUGUCUGUUCUUUGCAGAAAAACAGGGACUUCGAUACCCGCGGAAGCUCCAAUGAUCCAUGUCUGCAUGCCCAUCCUUCGUCAUYUAUUGGAUAUUGCGUCUUCGAGGAUUCGUUCAGAGCAUGUAGUACAAACUUUUUACGAUGGAAAAUGUUGGACUGAUACCAAGAAAGUUCCGGCGGACGUUACAAUUCCUGUGAAARCUGCCGGCUCCAACUUUGAUUGUUAUUGGAUUAUCCUGGCCACAAAUAUUAUGAAUCGUUUAUUGAUCCUGGAAAAAGAAGCAACCGAAWAUAAUCCUGUGAUUGCAAACUAUGUAACAGCAUUGGCGGAUGCCCUAGCGACAAUUUUACUCUCGGACAAGUCUAAAUUGACCGCACACCAAACGGCGAAUGCUAGUCGCUCUACGCUUUGCCGGGCAAUUUUGACGACCUCUCUAGCCGCAUUGUAUGGGAUGCAGAGCUAUGAUCCACAAAAAGAAGCGCAGCGAACUUAUGGCACGUAUGAGGCCGCUGUAGCCACUUUAGAUCGAUUGGUGCAUUUGAGAGCAGGAUGCGCAGGGCUUGGAAAGAAUUGUGCCGGUAAAAGUGAAGAGAAGGAAAGGAAAAAUAACUCCAACAAUGAUGUCUUCGGGACUAUUGGGAAAUGGAAUACAGCUGCCCUAGUAGAUACAUGUACCCAAAUAGAAGAGUAUUUGGGAUUAUCCUAUGCAAAUCCGGAACGCGGAUGUAUCGAGGUCUUGUUGAAAACAAUCGAUAAAGAAAAGAGAGCGAAAGAGGAGGAAGCAGAAAAAACUCCACCUACGAAACGAUCCACUCGCUCACGCGGUGGAAGAGGGGCAGAAUCAAUCGCAACGACAAGCAAACGAAAGGGUUCUGCCAAAAAAUCGCCAGCUUCGGCUGAAGCGAAAACAGAACUAUCCAAAAAUCAAUCCUUUGACCCUUCACCAGUUGUUGCCGCUUUCGAAAAGCUAUUAGCUUCAGAAGAUUUUGGAAACCGUAUCGAUGGUCGCGUUGCUAUUAAACGAUGGGCUAGUAUUGCCAUCGUGUGGUCCCAUCGGGGAGAAGGCCAGCGCUUUAUUUUGCGAGAAAUACACAGACUAGCGAUAGACAGACAAUACGACAAAUUUUGCACGCCUCAUGAAAAGUCACGAUUGAUGAGUACUAUGAUGUAUAUCGUUAUCGAAUCAGGAAAAAACUGCGGAGUGCGGGCUCCCACAGGAGGCAUCGAACAAUAUCUAAGGAGUAUUUCUCCAGGGGUUGGGACUGCAAUUCCGAGGUCACCGGAAGCAGGAAAAUCCAAGCGUACAAAGAAGGGUGGCAACAAAGAGCCUAAUUCUCCUGAUUCUCCAAGUCGGAGUAGAAUCAGCACUAUGCGACGCGCUGACAUCCGAGAUUGGACAACGGUAGUCAUUUACGACUACGUACAAAACCGAAAAAAGUGUCUGCUAGAAAAUGUUGAGUUGGCGCAAGAAGAUGAGGAUAGCGAAAACGAUGUACCUGAUGAUUCGACAGUUUCUCGCAAUACUGAUUUCUCAGAACUUAUUAUGGGUCUAUGUCGCAACGCAGAGUCGAGCGUGUACAAUUCUAGCUACAACGAACAUAGCUCCUUGAGCAAAGCAUUGCAGAGUAUUGCUUCUGCUUUUUGUUUAGAGUUAGCGGCAGAUCCGUCUCUUCCGCUCGACACAAAAAUGAUCAGUUUUGCUUUGUCACGAGUAGUGAACAGCCUCCGAAUGAUAGACCCAAACUCUACCACAGGUGCUAUGCCAUCCAGUGGACUGUCGGAGGGAGAUAAUUCGUCCUCUGUGUCGGAGAAGGAAAAACGAGAUUUUGAGACCAGAUUCUUGCUUCAAACGAGGCUACCUACUCCAAUCGUCCCAACCUCAUCAUCAUUAACGACUGACAGUAUGGACCUUAUGGCAACCGGAAAUUGCACCUUUGCUGGUAUAGUAUCAAGUGGCGACUCWUUCACAGAUGAGCAUGCGGUUGCUCUGGCAAUUCGAGCGUUCCAGAUACAGAGGCACCCGGGAGAUACAAGUCCCGCUGCAGGAAAACUCUUGACAUUUUUGGUGGACUUAGUAAGACGAGCGUACGAUACUCGCAAACCAAAAACAACAUCAACCGCGAAAUCUUAUGUUGAGAAGACUAUAAAUGCAACGCCCUCAGGCAAACGAAAACGUCCUGGAAAGGAGAGUUCGACCAAUCGACGUACCAGUCGUCGUCGAAAGACGGAAUCGGGAUAUGCGGAAAGCGCAACCGAGCAGGAGACUUUCGUAUGGCUCAAAAUUAGUCCCGAAAUGAGUUCUGUAGCAAUACUAGCUUUGACUGCUAUCAAAACUUGCUUGAUCAACACGAAAGGAUAUGGUUCAUGUACAAUCCGAAAGAUUAUACGAUGCAUGGUAACUUUUGACCACAUGCUGAAUCUCGUUGAGUUGGGAGAAAUGCUUGACAAGAUAAUGAUUAAAAGUAGAUGCAAAGCAAUUGGCCUGGAGAAUGAUUUCGACCCAGGUACAACAUCUUCGGCUUCUCUUGCACAUGCUUAUCAAAGCGAUGAUUUUACUGCUUCGGAAAUACGACUUUGGGAGACACAUAUGAAUAUGUGCCAGAUUUUCGGACGAGGCCAACUAAGAUACGAGGAGAAUAGCGGCCUUGAUCCGCUUAUUUGGGAUUCAGAGAGACGAAAGAAGAUUUACAAAGCUCUUACUGCACCUCUUGAUGCAUUUCGUUCUAGGGGAAUAGAAGAAAAAAAGUCAUUUACGUUACCCGCCGCUAAUCACACUCUAUUAGUUGCCAACAUGAGUUGUGUGUCAGACGAAGACAAAAAAGAUGCGGAAAUUUACAUCGUGAACAGAUACAUCAAUUUUAUAAAAGACGUUUUCGAUAACUUGGAAACGCUAACGCCCGAGAAAUUUGGCUGGUACGGUCGCAUACUGAAUGAUGAUAUACCUUUGUCAUACAAUGAUGCCCGUACAUUUAUGUUGGCUCUGAACGGGCUAUCUAGGCAGAAGAGACAGUCAUGUUUUGAACGUCUUGUCAAGUCAAUACGGGAUGCGAUUGAAUCAACACAAAGAAACAAAGCAGAAAAAGAAAAAUUAUUUCKAAAUGCCGAUGUCUCUGGGUUUUUUGCACGCGUUCUUGUUGUCUGCUACUCUUUGAUGAACAGUAUCGUUAUGGGCAGAAAACUUAGGCAAAAUUUCUCUGCAACCAUGGGUGGUUCCCAAAUACGCAUCCCAUCAUUUAUCACCCAGGCCGACUGGUAUUGUCAAGAUAGAACGUUUAUGGGCAUAUUUGGUACUUGGGAAUCGUCUUCAUUACCUGAUGGUGUUGUCAAGGAGGCCAAUGAACAGACACAAAUACCGAGGAAGUCAUCGAAUGAAUUUCGUUCUCUACUCGAAAAAGCAUUUCAGAUCGGCUUUGAUGCUGCACCUUACGAUCACUGCCAUCUGUUGUUUACAGCUUGGAAUGGAUUGGAUCAAAUGCCCCAGCCAUCAAGUAGUGGAGAACUUUCUCCUGAGUUGAUACCAUUAAAUGAAAAUUACUCGAAAAACAUUCUGCAGCUACGUGAUGAUGUUUGCUCUAUCUAUAGGGCUAUAAACGAUGGUGAAAAUGUUGAUUUGAAAGGAAUGGUAUUGCGUGCCAGUGAACUUACUGAUACAUUACUCAAGAAUCAUAUCCCAGAUGACGAAGAAAUGAAACAAGAUAUGCCUUUACCAGCCAUGGUCCUGUUGGCAUCCUUGCCAGCAUACAUUGCUGCAGCUGUUUCUGGUCACACAAAACCUGGCAAUGACUAUUUUUCGACCACUUUGUCAAAAUCCUCAACCAAAAAGCAAAAAAGUCAUCGUGGUUACUACUCCGACAGCGACCACUCUCCAUCUGACUGUGAAUCUGAUGAAGACAUUGACGACUACGAAAGUGAAGCUCGGAUCGCUGCCAUGUCCCGUCUCAGAGAAUGUUGUGACGCUUUUGGAGCCGCCCCAGUCCAUCCCGACUGGUUAGACGUCAGCUGCAGCUUACGUGACGGAAUCCGUCCHGUGUAUGCUACUGAAGUAGCAGGAAAAGCAAUAAAUACACUCUCCCAUCUUGCUAAAGUUGCAUUCACUCAGUAUAAAAGGCACCAAUCGUCGGCUGUUCGAGCGCUCAAAAAGGAAAAGAAGGACACUAAACGAAAUGAAAAUCUCUAUUCAACCAUAAUUAUGUGGUCACGCACCUCCCAAUAUCCAAAUUGUCGUGAAUGGCCAUCUAAUGUUGCUACAAUUACCAAAUUGUCGUCAAAAGUCGCUGAUUAUUUAUCGGAAGAUACAACUGAUGUAGAUAUAGACCAAACGAAGGCUUGCUGGUGUCCRUAUGCAGGGCAAAGGUUACGAGGAAUCUUACAAGAGGAAAAUAAAUUAAUGGGAAGAUGGGAACUAUCUGACGCAGUGCUCAGAGCAGGUGGUGAAUGGGAAUUACUAUUGGCCGAAGCGCUUUCUAUCGCGUGUCUAAAUACUAACGAAGGUGAAGACGACCUUCGGCAUCGGGAAUCAAAGGACUGUAUAGAAGUUGCUUCAACAAGUGGUCAAGAAACCAGUUCUGAAAUGGCGAAGGCUCAGUUAUGGCGUACAGUACUCAUGUCAGCAAUAAGCCAYUUGGUGCCCGCUGCUGCUUUGUUACGUUUGGGCUUGGGCAAAGUCGGUAGAAAACCCCAUCCUUUUGCGUUUCAUGAGAACGAUCAGGAUCCAUACGAUGCAUCACCACUUCAUUUUUGCGAGCGUCUGAAUGGCAUUGAGCCGUCUACUUCUAUUCCUACUUCAUUACAGGAAUCAGUGUUUGAGACACUAUCUCUUCUGGCGAGGUUGUCAAUUGAAGCGGAAGAUCCGCUUUCAACUAUGUGCCACUCUGUCGCUUCGCACCUCGUCGUUGAUUCGAAUACUUUUCUGGAUCUAGAGGCCAUGCAGUCAAUGCGAUGUGCCUUCAUGGGUCUGAAUCUUAUCCGCGACAUCGCUGAGYCUUUACCAAAUAAAGAUGCCAAGGCCUCGAUUCCGUUUGUAGUGGAACGACUAAUAACUAUGAUCGAAGAUUCUGGGACAGUUGACGAUGUGAUGGCAAGGAGCGACACGGAUGCUUUGACAAAGCAUCGGAGACUGCAUUACUUCUUAGGAGACCCGCCAAAAUCUUCAGUGGACACCGUUGCUACGAAGUCAAUUGAUAUCUUCGAAAUUCUCAGUUUUGGUCAGUUGAAGGAAAUUUGCGAUAGUCAGGCCGAGAUAUACAAGUGGUCAUGUGGCUUAUCCAAGGAAAAGGCUGUGAAUGAUUUWGUUUCGAUACUUUGCGAAGAUUCUCUACGGGUAAAUAGUAAAACGCGGUCUCGCAUAGCGUUCAUGUUGAGUCGCCUUGGGAUCAUGGAGUCCCACUCAAUCAUCAACUCGACGGGUAUAAGGCAGCCUUUUGUUAUAUCCGCAAUUGUCAAAGCUUUCACAAAAGUUGAUAAAAAGCAUCUCAAGUCCGUCGUGCUCAAGGAUCUUUGUGGUAUUCGAGGCAACAAAUCACCAUCACAAACUUUUAGGAGAGAUAUGGCAUCAAUUUUUACUCUACUUCUAUUUCCUCAAUCGACACCUAAAUUUGAAAAAGCCAAAUUUGUACAUGACAUGUUGAUGGGAGUGUUUGAUUCCUGGAAAAAGAUCGACGAAUCAAACAGAGAUUUAACACUAAGCGUACUUUUGACGUACGGAACGUGUUUCAAUAGUCUCUUCGAAAUUGGAUCGAAACUUGUAAAGCAUAAAGAAAAAAGUGAAAGUGAUGAUGAAUCCGUCGGAGAAGCUUGUUUGUUUUACAAGUAUUUUGAUUUUAUCAAGAGCCUAAAGUCAGUCGCGUCAAAGAAAGCUGAAGUUUUGCCAAAGGCUUCAAAGAUUGUUGUAAAAAAAGGAUCAUCGAAAGAUGUGGGCACUGAAUACACCACUAUUCCUUCUGAAUUUCCAAGAUGGUGCUCCUUUAUCAAAAGAAGUGGAUUCCACGAGCAGCACUGGUAUCAUUGUAAGUUUGCACGAUUUUAUUGACCGUUUCUUUUUUUGUUUCCAAGUCAUUUUUGAAUCGAUGAGUUCAAAGGAAGUGAACAGUUUAUCUAAAUUUGUUUUCUACCAAAUCAGGUUACACAUGCAACCUUGUCGCUGACAAAGGUUGCUGCACCCUGUGUGCCCUUGUAUGUCACCGAGACCACGAUGUUUCGUACUCUCGACAUUCGUCGUUCUUUUGUGAUUGUGCCGCAGAAGAUGACAACUCAGUAGAACAAGGCCGUGUAUCCUGCAAGUGCAUCAAAUCUACUCCUAAUAGUCAAUUGGAUGCAAUUUAUAAAAACGAGCAUAUUGAGGGACAUGGAUCAAACAGUAAUGUGAACGAUGGAAGUAAAUUGGUAGAGACAUAUUCCAGGUUUGAAGGCACUAUCUCUGCAGAAGUUGCAAAUUAUUCCUUUCCUGAUGAAGCACUGGAAUCAGCCAUUAGGUUUCUCCUCGACGUCAAAAAUUCACAUUGGCUCAGUUCUCUUUUUAGGCUUAUAAAAAAAGAGUUCAAGCGUUGGAAAACGAAAUAUGGUGACCCAAUCUGUUUGCUUCUGAAAGAGUCUGCGGAAUCAAGUCUCAAUUCGGAGUCAAUCUUCAGGUCUUCGCACCUGUCGGAGCAGAAACAAAUGAGAYGGCGACGUGCAAAACUUCUAGAACUUCGAAAAAUAGAAGAGGAGGCAUUAGUGUCUGUUUGCGUGGCAACGGGUUUUGUUGCAAAAUUUUCGUCUGAUAGCUCAACACAUGAUGCGUUAACACUAGCAAGGCUAUCUAGAAACGAUGUCUCAAGAUCGAUUUUGGCCAUUGAUAGCAGGGGAAGAAUGAUUCUUGCCGAGCCUUCUUCUCUCUUGUUGUGUAGCCCUAUGGCUAUUGUGAAUGCAAGAAAUCCAAAAAGAUCUGACGACGAGCGAAUUACACGAUCACAGAUGUGCAUUCUAGGUACCUUACCGUUGUCGUUCAAUGUUGUUGGCGUCCGUCUUUGUGCAGUAAAUGAACGUCAUCUUGUAGUAUGGGGUACAUCUGAAGCAUGCGUGUUGAUACUCAAGGCAGACUACAGUGGGUCAGAGGACACAAUAAACCUGACGUUUGAAGUCGAUGAGCAGGAUAGUGACGGAGACGUUUUGGUUAAUUGCGAAUGGCUACCUGGGUCUCAGACGCAUGUUGCCGUUGGAGUUUCUCGAUAUGUGCGCCUAUUUGAUGUUUGUCGAUCCGAGAAAAAGGAUGGUAGUAAGCGCGCGCAACCUGUAAUUGGAUACAAUUUGGGAUUCGAAGCGAGCCUUCGUGAUCUGUCGAUUGUGCCACAAAAAGAGGUCGCUACGAGUGAAAAUGAUAGCACUGAAUCUUCCAGUAAUUAUCGAGCGGAACACACGUCGAAGAUGUUCCUUUUGCUUGAAAACGGACGAUUGCAUUCGUUGGAAAUUAAGAUAUCAAAUGGCAAAAUCGAAUCGCCUUCAGAGCUGCACUUCGAACCUAGCGAGUGUGUCUCGAUUUCAACCGAAGGCAUCCGUCCCAGGUCAACGUCAUCUGUUGGUCUACCUGGAGCUUCGACUAGAACGCUUGGGGAGGGAUCAAAACUAGUGUAUCUGAAACAAAGUCGUUGUCUACUAUACAAAUGCAAAGCAGCUGCCGUAGUUGCUCUGAUGAUCGGCAAUGAUGGAAAUGUCGAGGGUAGUUUCGAACUAAUACCUCAUACAAUACCGAUUGGCGUCCUUGGUGCAGAUGAAAAUGAUGACAUGUAUUCCAUUUCUGGUCCAUAUACCUUGUGGACAGAGCUAGGGAUGGUCUAUCGAAAGGGUGAAACUUUUUUCCGGGUUGUUUGUCUUGGAAGAGCAACAAGAAGCGGUCAUUCGAAACUACUCUGUAUCGACUUCAACGAAAAGAAGACCAAAAUUAGAGAAAUCAGUUGUUCUUCAGGAAUGGGAUUAAGCCUAGAUUCUUUCGAAGGGUUGGCAGCAUUUACGGCUCCAGUUGUACAUACCGAUACUCUCAACAAACAACGUAUGACGGGUGAAAGAACUUUUUUGUGUGCUCUGACUUCUGAAGGCAACCUCCAAAUCUUCGGUGAAGAUUUGAUAGAUAUGAUCCCUACGAGUCCCGGUCAAAAUAGUGUUGCCGAGUCAACGAAUGCAUUAAAAUUGACUGACAUUUCGCUGAUUCAAUCAUCUCCGAUGAAAAAGUUCCCACUCACUAUUUUCGAACAACUCAUCAACGUUAGUAAAAGCGAAAACCUUAUAUUUUCUGGUGAAAAGUUGGGUUUUGACUCAAAAGAAUUGAAAAGUCGACUUUCACGUGAAAACUCUUCGUCCUUUGUAUGUCCUCGACGACAAGGAUGUUGCUUCAUAGUUUCACUUUCGCAAAAUACUGACACAGCUUCGCGGUCGAGAAGUGGUGCAAAAUCGCCAGAUUUAAUCAUAUCUGCUAUUCGUGUUCUUGUGGGAUCAACUUGCGACUACAUACCAUCAAGAAUUUCAGUUCAGGGUAGAUCUAUUGAUGUAACCCCGAGGCUGAAGAGGUGGUACAAUAUUCCGCUCACCGAGGAGGAAAUUGCACGUGGGAUGAGAUCGGGAUUCGUUUCUAUUUGGAUCGGGCAAUCGUUCGAUCCUACGAAUGCACCCGUGAUUGAUUCGGUAGAAGUAUUUGCUAGUGAAAGGAAUUCAUUGGAUAUGGUGUUGUCUACGAGCUACUUCGCUCCGGCGUCGACGCCAAGCUCAAAAAMUUAUCGGACGCUUUUUGACGGACCAUUUAAGACGUCUAUGUCGAAURAUGAAAAUGACAUCCCGUUGSAAGACCAUAGGACGACUUCUACUGGUCUUAUUCUUGGUGUUCGUGCAACUACCACUUUGUGUGAAUUCAUCAGCCCCGCUGUUGAUGCAUUAGAGGAAGGGAAGGACCUAAUGAGGCAACUUAUACAGAUAACUGCUGUGCACCCARAUAAACAGCUCAGGGAAAGCGUGGAGGUACUAUCUGGUAGUUUGGUUUCUGACAGUAGAUCGAGGUGGUCAUUUCAAGACGAAAACAUGUUGGUUGGUUGUUCACAAUCCCUCGUGGAGUGCAAUGCCAUGUUGAAUAAUCCUGCGAUGCGUAGCGAAGGUAAGAAUAAUAUAAGCGAAGAUAUGAAGUGGAAAGCGAUCAGAAUUAUUCUUCAAGAUUGUUUGAACGUAGCCUCCUUGAUUGCCAGGGAGCGUCCAAAUAAUUACCUGCAAAGUAUGGGGAAUAUACAAGAAAACGAUUUAAAAUCUGGAUCAAUAGCUAUUGAAGCAUCCAAGUUGAUUUUACAGGGAUUGAGAAGGUCGGCGGGGUUUGAAGAGCUAAUAGGAGGGUCACGGGGUAUUAUCACAUUAUCACUGACAGAGAUGGCUAUUGUUGUCUACAUGGAUGAUUCAAAAUCUACCAAAGAUUUUGUACAACUCAGUCGCAUUCGAGAAUUCAUUGACGUUGAAAAUCUUUCCACUUGUGAAGCAAUCUCGACUUUUUUUCAAGAUCAUGAAAGUGAACAAAAGAAAAGGAGCAUCCCUGAUUUGUUUGUACAAAUGGAAGCAGCUCGUCGGGUGGCCUAUCAGUGUGAUAGUUGUGGGGUGUGUCCAAUGAAAGAAGUUAGGUACACAAUCCUUAAAGACGACUAUGGUAUCGAGUAAGUAUGCCAUCUUCGCCAGAGUUUGAAGACCUUGUAAUAUUGUUUUGCUCACUUUGAUUUUACCGUUAGUCUUUGCAACGAAUGCUACGACGUGGGUAAAAAAUUUGCAUCCAAUAAAAGAAAUAAAUCUUCAGCAGAAGUGAUUAUCAAUGGAAAAUCUAUGGGUAGGGAUUUGACGUGCGCUCAUAUGAAAAAAAUGGAACCUGUUUCGCUUGAAAAGAUGGAAAUGGAUGUUGAGCAAUUAGAUAUCGAAACAAGGCAUCUGCAAGAUCUAAAAGGGACAGCUGACGAAGACGAAGCAUUACGGAAGGGGUUAAAAUGCAAUUUGGGAGAGAGUGCGAGCCAUUGUAGUCAGCAAGASCUGUCUGCUGACCACAGGGGGUAUGAUUAUUUUCUCGGAGAGUUAUAUUCCUUUGUCAUGGAGCAGCUUUCUUAUGCCUUUAAAAAAGAAAGAUGCGAUAGCUCUAUGGAAUCCUUGAUUAAACUGGCACUGGAUUUAGUAAAGCAUUCAAGACUUGAUUCUCUCAAGCGCGAAAGAGCUGAGUGGUUCGUAAAAGAUGUAUCGAGAGGAAUUGAAAAAAUCGUGGACUCGUCUUCGCAAAGGGAACAAUUGACUAAUUUUGAGAUGUCUUGUUUGGUGGCGUGUCUACGAGGCCUCUCGAGUCUCGUGAAACCCGAUUCUGAUUUCGAUUAUCAUUUCCCUGUAGCAAAAUCUGAUACUGGCCGUCGUCACCAAUCACUAUCAAUUGAAUCAAUGACACCUAAGUUAACGUGCGAUGUGCACGGAAUUCUAGCCGUUCGAAGAAGAUGUGACAAGCCAGGUGCAAAUAAAGAUCGUCGGUUUUAUGUUUGUGGCAAAGAAAAAGGGCAGCGUUGUAACUUUUUCAAAUGGGCAGAUGAUGGACAAAAGAAAAAGGAGCAUAAUAAUCCGAAAUCACAAUUUAACCAAAUUGUCCAAUCGGCUAUGCUAGACCACCAAUCACCAUCUGGCAAAGCGUUGUAUGACAGACUUUGUGGGCUACUCGAGGAGGAACUGUUCGGAGAAGAAGGAGGCUUUUAUGAAGUUAGCGUGCUGGCGUCUAAUCAAAAAGAAAAGAAAACCGAUGAUUCGCUUCUUAAGAGUUUUUACAGUGCUCAAAACAUUCAAAGGGACUUUAACGAUGGGGUUUUCUGUAGCAAGGAAAAACUGUUGGAUGUAGUAUCUAGCGAGGCGUUGGUAAAGAGCAAACUGUCCGGUACACGUCAACUUGACAUUCCAGUUGGAACCCCUGGUGAUCGUGGUGCUUUGUUACUCGAGGCCUCGCUCGAUCUAUUAACAAUUAUAGCCGACGACAAGACGGAAGGAAUAUCAAGAUGGUUUUCAAUUCUAUGCGAAAUAACCAUGGCAACGAACAAACACUCAGCCCUCAGAUCGCUAGCAACAAAAGUGUUGAAAACACUGUGUGGUGGAAAUCGAAAAAAAUAUCAUUAUAUUCGCGACCACUUCACUUUCUGCUUUCAGUUGAAGAAACUUUACCAUUUCUCAUAUGCUAUCUUGGAGGCAGCCCUGAUUGUGAAGGAGAAAACUAGACAGUGUAGUGCUCAAUGGAAAGGUCCAGCCGUUGAGUGGGCUACCCUUGGCGUUGGUGGGCUGAUUGGAACACAGGACUUAAUAUCAGAGGAUAGUAUAAGUGAAUUGAACCUGAAAGGCUGUGGGAAAGCGCUCGAUGAUAUGUGGACCGUCCUUAAAAGUAGAGGGGGCAGCUGGAGGCAGUUUUGCGGAUUUCGAUCACUUCCUCUUUCGCAGCGGCAUAGGAAAACUUCUGGUUCAAAACUGAAAGAGCGUAAUAAGGAGCAGCAACUAUUUGAAGCUGCUCCGAUUAAAGUUCUCUUUUGGAUUGCCAGUUGUCUGACAGGAAUAAACCAAGUCAAAAUUUUAAGAAUGAUUGAUUUUGCUCUUUUUGAUUGGAAAGAGCGAAAAACACAAUUGAAGACUUCAAUGGGUCACUCUGAGAUGGGAAGCAAUGAAGAUUCAGAAGAUGACCAAGUUCGUGGCAUAGGGUCUGCGAUAUCUAAACCCGAGGAGCUCUUACUGAACUCAGGAAAUACUAAGUUGGUAGUAGGUGACAUCAUUGCUAUGUCUCUCAAUAUGGUUCAGAGUGGUAAAACAACCGAACUUCGAAGGUCUGCGUUUCAGAUUGUUUUGAAACUCUCUCGAGAUAUGUCGGACGGCGAUCAGUUGGUUCUGUUUGAAAAUCUUUUAGCAGCCACAAGAGAUGUCGGUUUGUUGGGUAAAGCGAGUAUCGAAUAUUUGAAUCUGUUACAAAUGCUCACCCAUUUUUUAAAACCAAGUGACUCUAUUGGCAGAUUGGCUGAUUAUGUUGCGGAUUCAUUUAUUCAACAGAUGGAGGCCAUCAAAUACGACAAGUCAAAUCAUGAAUGGACAAUGGUUGAAACUAAUGUCGGAAGCACGAKAACAAGGAAGAGAUUCGAUCUUUCUAGAUGCAUAUUUUGCCUCAAAUUACAGCACCACUCCGGAGGGAGAGAAUCAACCAGCAGAUCGUCAGAGCGAAAAUUUCUUUCAAACUCUGGCARAGUAUCUAAUAGAACUGGAUCAACAUCCGGUGUUGGUAGAACAGGAGCGACUAUCAGUCGCCAAAAGUGGCACUCUGAACAGGUUUCUGAGUUUUCUCGUUGUCGACUUGACUCACUGAAGGAAACAUGUAGCAGCAACGAGUUUAACCUGUUCUAUAAAUUGAAAAACCGAGUUUCAAUUUCGGACAUUCACCUGACAGUUUCCGAUCCUCGAGGCCGCUAUGUGAAGACAAUAAGUAUCUUUUUUGUUUCAAGGCCUACAUCUGAAGCCUUGAAGAGCGAUAAUUACUCUUCAAAAUGGCAAAAGAUUGCUACACUCAAUCUUGCGAGAGGAGGUUCUCGCGUCAGCGCAAGCCUCUCGCAACCGAUUGUUGCUACUAACAUCCGUGUUGAGUUCACAGAGUUUUACGAACGGCCUGGUAACAAAGAAAGAGGGACCGAUGGGUCCAUGGUUCUCCAUUGCCCGCGUUGCACACGUCCCGUGACGAACGCCCACGGUGUUUGUGUCACUUGCGGGGAGGUUGCUUUCCAGUGUAGGAAAUGUCGUCACAUAAACUAUGAUAGACUUGAUGCAUUCUUGUGUGUGGAAUGCGGUUAUACCUGUUGCGGAUCCUUUUCGAUAGAACUCAAUGCGGCAGUGGCAUCCAAUGCGAUAGCCAUUACAGAUGACAACGUUUUCGAUAAGUCUAUUGCAAUGUACGGGAUAGCGUCCUCCAUCGAAGACGAAUUGAGGGAGAAUCUUGGAGAGAAGAUGCGGUCACUGAAUCAAAAGAAGCAUAAGAAUCACACGGAAUUUGACUCAUUUAUUGACGCUUCUUUAGAAAGAGCACUCUUCGGAUUACUUCCUAUCGGUGAUGCAGAUAAGAUCGGAGACAAUGCUCAAAUUCCUAGUAUGCUUGAUCGAUUCGAUAAACCGGGCAGCAUAGUCAAGUACGUCGCUCAUACUGAAAACAAUGUGAGAAGUAAUGGCCGAUCUAACUCGUCAACUGAUCGCUCGGAACGUGCCCGAUCAUUACUAAGACUGGCUCAACAGAUUCGCUCUGGAUCAUCGUCUUCUUCAGAUGGUCGAAGAUCCACAGACAUCAUUAUUCGGCAUCUUGGACGAGGUAUGUCACUCGAGAACGUGGAAGAUGAAAGUGGAUUGCGUGAAGUUCUUCGAAGAGGAAGCAGUGGGACAAUCCGGGCUAAUAACCAAGAUUCUGAAGACAAAGACCCCAAGGAUGGUGAAAAAAUACUGAAGGCAGAGAUGGCGGAUUGCCAAAAAAUGCUCAUUUUAUUGCGAGAGGCUUGGAGGGAGAGUUACGAACUCCAAAGAAGGAUUAUUGCAUGGAAAAACUUAAAUUCAGGGGCGUUGGUCCCAUUUUCUCCUCUGGAUUUCACAAAGAGUGAAUGUGUCUCUUUCACUCCAUCCCAUUGUUCCGUAUGUGGCGGGUCGGUCGCGCUCCAAAUUCUGGUUCUGUGGCUUAAGCUCUUUCUUGUCGCACCAACGAAAGUAUUUGUUGCAAAAGAGUUCUUCCGUAUUAUUUUUCAAGAAGACAUUCCAAGCAGCCACUGCAAAGGACUUCAAGAUAUCAAAAACAAGGUCAUCAUUUCUAUAGCUACCAACUCAAGAAAAGGUGCCGAAAUUGUUCUAGUCGAACUUCGAAAAAGAUUGGCAGCUUCACGUGAUAUGAAUUGCGCCGAUGUUUUGGGCAAAAUAAUGAAAAUUGAAGGGUUUGACAUGGCCAACGAGUAUGCAAAACUCGCUAUGGAUAUUUUGUCGUCUCGAGGGGACCCCACGGUCGAUAUGUACAUGUAAUUUCUUGAUUUAAAAGUGGAACUUACACAGACAUUCACGAAUGAACGACUCUUCGUCGUCAUGGUCGCUAAUACUAUUAUUCAUCUGUGCUGUAUAGGAUUAGUUCUAGCGCUACUACAAGUAGUAAGAAAGUUCACACAACCUU